AAAGUUCAAUUCACGAAGUAAUAUAAGGAGGCUCCACAAGCAUAGAAAGGCGAGUCCAAUUUUCCGGAAAUUAAUUGCUUCAACUAGGAUUAACCUCACUAGCGGUUCCUAGCGGAAAACUCUUUGCUCUUUGAUUUCUCGUGUUUGGGAGUUUUAGUUUUAGUUAUCAAAUUCAAAAUUCGUGAUAUUGAAAUGCCGACGUGCUUUGUACGCGGAUGUAAGUCUUCGGACUAUAAAAAUCAAAAGGAAAACUCAGAGAGAAAAAUUAGUUUAUUUCGUCCAAACAGGGAAGAGGUGUUAAGAAGGUGGCAGGAAAUUGUACCAAAUGGACAAAAUUUGAAAAAACAUCAUGCCAUUUGUGAGCUACAUUUUGAUAAAAAUGAUAUUUUGAGACAUGAUGGAAAUGAAUUUACUUUACCGUCGGUACGUGCACGUUUAAAGGAUGGUGCUACACCCAAAAUUUUUGAAAAAUUUGAAAAGAGUGAAACUACUCCACGUGUGAUUGUAGUAACACAUAAUUUUCCUCAUAAUAACGAUUUUGAAAAAGAAAUUAAUUUUGAUGUAAUUUAUAAAAAUGCUCAUUGUAUACCACUGCCUUCCUGUCACUGGUUCAUGAUGCGAGAAGAGGGCAAAAUCAUAUGGAAUUACUGGAAAGAAGAUUGCUCUGAAGAAAGUGUGCAACUAGUUGUACUUUCUUCGAAUAUGAUAGUGAAGAUUUUUUUGAAAGGAAAGGAGGUACAUGUGGAUAAUAUAAAUUUUGCACAAAAUGUGAAAGAUAUUGCAGAUAUACUGAAGAAGGUGGAAAAUAUUCUACCAUGUGCUAGUGAUGAAUCGGAAUACAGGUCUUUAGAUUGUAAACCCAGUAAAAAAAAAAGUAUAGACAGUAAGGAAAAAGUAUAGACUCAUAGUUUAGUG